CAGAUGGUUGCCUUGUGCCUCGGCGCUUCCUCCGUGUGAACGAUCCCCCGCGGGGAUCCGGUUUACUGCCCGGCUUCUUUCUCCACCUCGCUUCUUCUUCUCAGCGCACCUGACUGGUCUGCUGCAGCAGAAAGAGAUUUCUCAGGGGGUGCAGAUCAGCACUACUUCCCAAAGGAGUGGAAACAGCCGUUCUGCGUAAGAAUCAGCUCAUGGAGUGGAGAAAGGAAUGGACUGGGUCCCCCCUUUUUUCUGAAGGGUGCCUUUCUGCUAGCACAGGAUGUCAAAGCAAGGGCCAUGUAUCAUUUCAGGAGGUGGCCGUGUAUUUCACAGAGGAGGAGUGGGCUUUGCUGGAUCCUGGCCAAAGAGCUCUUUACAGGGAAGUCAUGAUGGAAAAUUACCAAAGCAUGGCCUCUAUGGAAGGCUCUUGGAUCUGCAAACCUGCCCUCAUUUCCUGGUUGGAAGAUAUGGAUGAGAUAUUUGUCCAAGACUCUGAGGAAGCAAAGAACUCAAAAGAUUCUCUUUCUGGCUGGAAUAAGGAAUCUCCCUUUGUUUCUGCCAAAGAAGACAUAACCGCGAGAGAGAAGAGGGUGAAGAGACUUUCACAGGAAGGCUUUGCCUCAGAAGAAAUGCCAGAGUCUUUCCUGGAGCCAUUUCCAGAGAUAAUUGUCAUCCUGGAAGAUCUGACUGAGACAGGAGAUAAGAAGAAACAAAGUGCUGCUGACCAUCCGAGAAGACACAGGGAUUUGCAGGAGGGAAAAGAAUCUUGGAAUAGAAGAAGACAAAAUAGAAGUAAGAAGGCAGAAAACCAGAAGCAGAUGAGAAAAUCAGUUUCUUUUCGCAGGAGGGAUUGCCCUGAAAUCCUAGUCAUAGAAAAUUUACAAAAGGGAAGAAGAAGGAGUAAAAGCCGUCAGAGUGAGAAAGGGUCUGGGAACAAGUCGAGUCCUAAGAGAGAUCAGAGAAUUCCCGCAAGGGAGAAACCAUAUGAAUGCUUGGAGUGUGGAAGGAGCUUCAUUCGGAAGGCCAGUUUAGCUUCACACCAGAGGAUUCACACUGGAGAGAAACCAUAUGAAUGCUUGGAGUGUGGAAAGAAUCUUAGCUGUAGCAAAAGACUUACUAUUCACCAGAGGACUCACAGAGAGGAGAAACCGUAUGAAUGCUUGGAGUGUGGAAAGGGCUUCAGUCGGAAGGCCAAUUUAGCUUCACACCAAAGGAUUCACACUGGAAAGAAACCAUAUGAAUGCACGGUGUGUGGAAAGAGUCUUAGAUGUAGCAAAAGCCUUACUAUUCACCAGAGGACUCACACAGGGGAGAAACCAUAUAAAUGCUUGGAGUGUGGAAAAAAAUUCAGUUCCUUCAGGUACCUAAAGGUUCACCAAAAGUUUCACACAGGGGAGAAACUAUAUAAAUGCUUGGAGUGUGGGAAGAACUUUAGUCAGAGCACAGCCCUUACUUACCACCAGACAGUGCACACAGGGGAGAAACCGUAUGAAUGCUUGGAGUGUGGAAGGAGCUUCAGUCGAAGGUACAAUUUAGCUUCACACCAGAGGAUUCACACAGGGGAGAAACCAUAUAAAUGCUUGGAGUGUGGAAAGAGUCUUAGUUGUAGCAAAAGACUUACUAUUCACCGGAGGAUUCACACAGGGGAGAAACCAUAUAAAUGCUUGGAGUGCAGAAAGAGUUUCGGUUGCUUCAGAUACCUAAAGGUUCACCAAAGGAUUCACACAGGGGAGAAACCUUAUAAAUGCUUGGAGUGUGGGAAGAACUUUAGUCAGCGCACAGGCCUUACUUAUCAUCAGAGGGUGCACACAGGGGAGAAACCAUAUGCAUGCCUGGAGUGUGGUAGAAGAUUCAAUCGGAUGGACAAUCUUGUUGCAUAUCAGAGAAUUCUCACAGGGGAGAAAUCAUAUGAAUGUUUGGAGUGUGGAAGGAGCUUCAGUCGGAAGGACAAUUUAGUUUCACACCAGAGGAUUCAUACUGGAGAGAAACCAUAUAAAUGCUUGGAGUGUGGAAAGAGUCUUAGCUGUAGCAAAAGACUUACUAUUCACCAGAGGAUUCACACAGGGGAGAAACCAUAUAAAUGCUUGGAGUGCGGAAGGAGUUUUGGUUGCUUCAGAUACCUAAAGGUUCACCAAAGGACUCACACAGGGGAGAAACCGUAUACAUGCUUGGAAUGUGGGAAGAACUUUAGUCAGAGCACAGGCCUUACUUAUCACCAGAGGGUGCACACAGGGGAGAAACCAUAUGAAUGCCUGGAGUGUGGAAAGAGCUUCAGUCGGAUCCACCACCUGAAUGGUCAUCGAAGGAGACACACGGGGGAGAAAUUGUAUACAUGCUUAUUAUGUGGAAAGGGCUUGACUAGCAGAAGAAACCUUUCUUUUCACCAAAGAAGUCACACAGGGGAGAAACCAUAUAAGAGUAUGAGAAAACCUUUAGUCUGAGAGGAAGCCUCAAUUAUCACCAAAAGGUGCGCACAAGAGAAACUACAUAAAUGUUCCACGUGUUGAAAGUUCUUUAUGCAUAGCUCAUGCCUUACUGUUCACUACAGGCUCCACACAAACGAGAAACGAUGUAAAUGAAGACUUUCUCAGUCAUGUAGUAUUCAUUGCUUUCAUCAGCUCUAUCUGUUGUUGGACUGCUGCCCAGGCUCUGCCCCAGAGAACUUGGACAGGGCAUUGGGGGCUUUGACUGGGUGGUUACAGCAGAGUCAAUUGAAAUUAAAUCCCACAAAGACAGAGGUCCUGUACCUGAGCUGGAGGGGGGUUGGAUCAGGAAUCACGCUCCCUGCCUUGGACAGCGCACCACUUGUGCCGGUCCUAAUAGUUAGGAGCUUAGGGGUGAUCCUA